UGAUCGUACUUUCUGCAGUGUCCGCGGCAGCAGCAGCAGCGACGCUUGCGCUUGGUAUCGAAACGAGGCGGUACAAGUAAUGCAGCGGCCAGCAUCGCUAGUGAUAGCGGCGGCAAUAACAAACUGUUAACUUCCAGAAUUCGGAAGGGAAUUUUGCUAGCGCGCGGACGCGCUGUCUCUUCGAUGCUAUCUGGUACGAACGCCAACCAGUCAGCUCACGAGAUAUGCGUGUGCAGUAAAGGACUCUAAAGCGGAAAAAUAGGUGUGAUGUGGACAAAAGUGGAACAAAGGCCAAAAAAAGUAGUUUUGACGGGAACGGCCAUUUCGACCGGCAAUCUCAAUGGGUGGUACUCUAUACAGUUUGUGCGACAGGUUUCGUGAUUCGAUGGAUUAGCACUAUAAAGGCUAUCCCUCCCCUCACCUUGGGAGUGGUGGGAAUAAUUGGGCAUAUGCUCCCACACACAUUCGGACACCCUGUUUUACUGGAUGUAUUGAGUUCACUGUAGAGUAACGCAGGGAUGCCAGUGCGACGAGCUCGCUUUAUUUCGACGACAUUUAGUGACAGCAUCAGUGAGUCGGCGGCUAAGCUAUGCUACGUUUCAAGUUUAAGGAGAUUUUCCGUCAUGGAUCGAAGGACGUAUCUCCAACAGUUCGCCGAGAUCGUUCGCGAAGUGAAGAACGGGCCAGAAAUCCGGCCUGCAAAAUGUUACCUGGUGCCUUUCCUUCGGAGUGCUUGAGUAACGGAAGUGUCGGCGGAAGCAGGACCGUAGCUGUGAGAAUACAAAGAAAUCAAAGUGAGUUUAGUAACAAAGACCACAGCCAAUGUUCGUCGCCUAGUGGAGUUAAGUCCCCCCUUUUACAGUGUACUGAAAAGCUGGAUUGUAUGCGCUCCGAACAGUCGAAAGAAGAUAAAGGUAACGGAUGUGAUACAGCUGAAAUGACUUUCUUAUCGGACAAAAAGUCAACCGAUGAUAAUCUUAGCAUCGGCACGUACAUCCUACCCAGCCGAAGGCAAAAGGAAUCAGAAAAAGGUGCUGCUAAGGACAAUAACGGUCGACGACGCCAGGACACUAAUGGUAGCCUCAAUAGCGGGCCACCCGGGAGCCCCAUUAGCGAUCGCGAUGAAUCUUAUUGCUAUGAACCAUCAUCAGCAGCAAAUGGAGGCUCCAAAAAAGUUGAUGAAUCAAAGGCGCCUCCGUCUGCCACAAUUACGCCCGCGCCCGGCCUGCCGGCACGCAGUAUCUCUGCCGACUCGAAUCGAAAGAAUAGCUCAAAAGCAAACUGUCACAGCGAUGAGUCGCUUUUACCGAUGAGCUGUAAGCAACGGCAGGAUAUUCACGCUAUCCAGAUUCCGCUAGUGACCCAACGAGCGAACCAAGAACGGCGAAAAGCCAAGGAAAAGGAAGAUAAAAAAAAAAACAAUUUUUUCAAAGAAAUUGCACAACGUCUUAAAGAGCGCACGAUUAGUAAGCGAAACCAUGGAAGCCUGACGUUAACGAGGCACCGAAAACGGAACGGCUCGAUUGGGUGUGAGUCGACGAAGUCGAUAGCGUUCACGCGGCCUCUACUGCACGAAGUUUUCGUUAAUGAGUCGCGGAGGGUGGCGGGAGAAGCGGGGGCAGCGGCGGCCUGUGGCAGCGACAGCGGUAUGCACACACCCCAUAGCUUUAGUGACAGUCACCUCGAUCAGCAUAAUGAUGAUUCCGUCUAUAGUCACCGCUUUUGCACUUCCGCCGACUCGAUAUCGGACGUUUCUAGUCAUGAUGAGGGGCUGGCACGUUGUCAGGACAACCGCCAUGGAACAAGUCUCAAUCUCGAAUCUGAGACCGCGUCUCCCCAUAAUGGCUUGCCGCUACAGAGAAAUAGCCAAUAUAAUCCGAACUAUGAGAGCGUAUAUAAAACGCGUAGCCUAGAAACUAUCGUUGGUUUCCCACAGCGACGUCUCGGUGUCGAUCGAAAACACUACUCAGAAAUUCCUACUUUAUUAGAAGGUCUCAUCCUAGGCGGAAUUCCCUCGCCAGUCGCCGAAGAGCGUACAUCAAAAUCAUCGAUAUUCAUUGAUAAAAAGGAUUCGUUCGAUUUCGGUCGAGAUUCGCAAAGUUCUACACCUUACAUGGAUCCGAAUGAUGAUGACGACGUUUUAGAGAAUGACGCCUGGCCAAUGAUACCUGUUGCAACAACGUUCAUAGUGCCAGACACCGUUGAUGACACUGUGCUCAACCAUCGUCGAACUUCAAAUGUCGUGAGAUUACUGCCUUCUAACAGACACUCGGCUGGUGAACGCGCACAAAGAACUCGGUCACGUACCCUUGAUAUAUCGAGCCCGUUUAAUCCGAUUCACGUUGUAGGCACACACAGACCUUCAAGCAUGCUUUCGACGGAGGAAAACAUGCGAAGGUAUCGAGAAAUUUUCGGUUCUGUUCCCGCCGUCAACAACAUCGUAGGCGGCAUCGGGGGGGGAGGAGGAGGAGGAGGAGGAGGAGGAGGAGGAGGAAAACGUACAAGAGCGGGAUCAGCAACAUCUAAUAGUAACAAUCGAGCACACCGCUGGCUUAAGUUAUUUCCCAUGCGUAAGGCCAUGUCUGAGGAAACAACUGCAGGUGCUCGUAACUGGGAAGAACUAUUUCCUACGAAACUUGGGGUACAACCCCUUACACAGCACAGCGUUCACAGUCCACAGCAGCAGAAUCACGGUAGCAGUACGCUCCACAAAACUUCGUGUAUGUCGAUUAACGUAUUUCACUUCUAA